AGCAGCCUGCGGAGUAGAAGAGGGGCUGUGGGUACACUGUAAACUUCAACUUCACUCUGGUCAGAAUCUAAGAGCUGAUACUAAUCCUGUGCAAACCUUCCAAUGUCAUCAUGAAAUUCAUUCUCCUCUGGCCAUUCUUAAGCCUGCCCGCUGCAUUUGCUUUUGAUUCAGACUCCAUAGGUGAUGUCGUGCCUCCCUACCUGGCCUAUUUGAAAUCUGACUACCUGCCCUGCACAGGUGCCCUCAUUCACCCCCUGUGGGUGAUCACAGCUGCACAUUGCAAUUUGCCGAGACUCCAGAUAGCGCUGGGGAUCACAAACCCAUCAAACAUCAGUGAAGGAAAUGUGCAAGUGGUUGGCUACAAUAAGAUCAUUCAUCACCCACAAUUUUUAGUCUCUUCUAUAGACAAUGACCUCAUGUUAAUCAAGCUUAGUAAACUGGUUGAACUCAAUAACUAUGUGAAAGUGGUCAAUCUGCCCAGCUCUCCUGCCUUUGAAGAUAUGAUGUGUGAUGUCUCCACCUGGGCCUACAACCUGUGCGAUGCGACCAAAGACCCUGACUCAGUGCAGAAUGUAGAAGUCUCUGUCAUCUCCAAGACUGCCUGUCAAGUUGGCUAUCCAGGCUACAAGAUCAAAAAUAGUAUGAUCUGUGUGGGCAUCGUUCCAGGAAGGAGACUACCUUGCAAGGAAGUCUCUGCUGCUUCAGCAGUCUGCAAGGGGGUGCUUCAUGGAAUCCUUUCUUAUGCAGAUGGAUGCAUUCUGAGAGCUGAUGUUGGCAUCUAUAGUAAUAUCUUUCACUACUUGCCCUGGAUUAAAAAUACAAUCCGGAACAAUUGAGCUUCCUUAGCAGGAAUCCUGGGCUAUGUGGCACAGCCUGUACCCUCAUC